CACUAAUUUUAACGAAUGGUAAACAAACACUAGGAUACAGAAAGAUAUUCAACAGAUAACUACCACCCAAUCCCAUGGGUCGCAGGUGAACAAUUAACACAAAUAACAAUUAAAGUUUGCUUCCUUAACCAUUAACAGUUCUAAGCCAAAUUAUCAUAAAACUCUCAAAGAAAAACAAAUCCACAAAACUUAAACAAAGAACAAAAUCAAAUAAACGAAAGGAAAAAUAAAGAAAACUAAGACAAUGGCAAAUUACAUUAAAAUUGAAAAUAAGCAACCCAUUCCCACAACAGAUCCCGUUCAAAAAGAUAAGCCCACUAUCCAAACUUGGCAGAUUAUUUUGGCGGGAAUAUUAGUUUUGUUUAUGCUUGCAUUAGUGGCCGUUGGCCUAACAAUGCUAAUUGGAUGCAGUCUGAGUGACGACUCAGAUAUCGAAAGAGUUCCAUAUACGGAUGGGCUGCUUAUGAAGGAUAUACCACAGGCUCAGCGUUUGGUUUGCUACUUUACGACAUCGGGCAAAAAUAAACUUAGCCUCCUCGAUGUGCCUGGAGAUUUGUGCACUCACAUUAACAUUGGCACGGCAGACCUAGAUAAUGCCACAUUAUCGCUAUCAGCAGAACUUCAAGACGUGUUGGCCAACGAGACGAGUAUCUUUCAUGCCAAACAUCCUCAAGUGAAAUUACUGCUUUGGAUUGGCGGCGCUGAUAGUGGCAAACAAUUUGCCGUUAUGGUAAAAAAUCAUGCUCAGCGCAAGAUAUUUCUAAAAUCGCUAAAAGUCAUCUUGAAGGCUUAUCCAAGCCUCUCGGGCAUUGAUUUGGAUUGGGAAUUUCCAAGGCCCUACGACAAGAAUCGUCAGCAUUUUGCUCAAUUAUUCUACGAGAUUCGUCGGGAAUGGCAACGGGAGCGUCGCUAUAAUAACAUCCUUUCCUUGGCUGUCGCAGCACCUGAGGGCAUUGCUUAUUAUGCCUAUAAUAUAAGGGAAAUCAAUCUCUACAUCGACUAUGUAAAUCUUAUGUCAUAUGAUUUUCAUUUCUAUGCCAAAGAUACACCCUUUACGGGUCUAAAUGCUCCGUUAUAUGCUCGAUUGAAUGAACAAUCGAUUAUGGCUACAUUCAAUAUCAAUUAUACGGCCCAUUGGUGGCUAAAAAAUGGUUUGGAACCACAGAAAUUGGUCGUCGGCCUGCCCACCUAUGGUCAUUCAUUUACACUGAUUAAUCCGCUUAAUACACAAAUUGGUGCACCAGCUUCCGGUUACGGGGAAUGCGGUGAAUUGGGAUUCACUACCCUCUCAGAGACUUGUGAAUGCUCAAAGAACUAUAAGAGAAACAAAAUAUCCGGAUAUGAUUAUAGUACAUGCUCACCAUAUUUGACUGAUCUCCAAGAAUGGAUAUCAUAUGAGGAUCCGGAAAGUAUCCGAUGCAAGGCCAGAUAUGUAAAAUCUCUCAAUGUUGGCGGCAUUAUGAUAUUCUCACUUAAUACGGAUGAUCUGAAAAACAUUUGCAACUAUGAGCCAUAUAUAGAAACUGAACGUCAGAAUAAUGCUUUUAAUGGAAUGCUCAGGGGCAAUCGAAGUAAACCAGUCUUUCCACUCACAAAAAUAGCCAAAGAAACUUUAAAGUAAAUGUUUUUUUCUCUACUCCAAAACAUACAUAAAAAGACAUACAUAUAUAUACUUGAUGUAAUUGAUGAGAUUCUACUGAUAAAACUGGUAAU